AAUGCGAUUUUAAUCCUUAACCAUACCAAUAACCGUAUGCCUAACCCUAACCUUAAAUUAAGACCCAAAAGCUAUUUUUUAUUGUUAUUUUUUACGAUAAAACCAAUUUUGACUUUGUGGCUUAGUGACUAGUGGAAACCACCGAAGCGGCGCCCUCUGAAGAGACUGUCCGGGAGAACUGUCAGAUGCAGGAAAGGGGGUAGCUAGGUAACCCGUCUUGCCAAGGGUUACGAUGAAAAUGGCACCAAACGUUACUAAUGCUUGACCUUUAAAUCCGGACGCAGAAACUCGAUCAGCUGAAUACUCCUGUCAGGUAGCGGUCAUUUCAGAUCAUUCCAGGUAUCUUUCAAAUUUAGCCUACUAUAGCAAUAAACUGUCUGUCUAGCGAAACUAAUAAGGUUACAUGAAAGCAUGUUGGCUGGUAAUGUCAGGCAAUUUGUCGUGUGCUUAACUGUGUUGGAAACGAAAUAAUGAUGUCUGAUACAACAUAUUCAAGAGGGAUGGAAAGAGACAGAGGAAGGAUUACAUCAGAUUCUAUGGCGAGAGGCGCAUAUCCUCAACAGUAUGUUCACCCUGGCAGUCAGCAGCAGGGCAUAGACAUUCAGGAGCUUGCCUCUAAACGUGUCGACAUCCAGAAGAAACGGUUUUAUUUGGAUGUAAAACAAAGUGCACGGGGCCGAUUCCUAAAAAUUGCAGAGGUUUGGAUUGGAAGAGAACGUCACGAUAACAUCAGAAAGAGCAAAUUAACGCUGUCCAUGUCAAUGGCACCCGAUCUACGUUAUUGCCUGGGGGACUUCAUUGAUUAUUACGCUCAUAUUGGGUUGAGAGGUGGCCUGGUACCACGGCCAGAAGAGCAGAGCAAUGGCCAGGGCCGCCCGCACGAUUCCCGCAGAAGACCGCAGGAUCAUCACGCAGCAUCAGUGUCUCCCACUGGCUCUGCGGUGUCGGAGGAACAUACUCAUCGCGUCCUGAAGAGUGAAUUCAUUGAGAGAGACAAUAGAAAGUACUAUCUGGACCUGAAAGAGAACCAGCGAGGCAGGUUCCUCCGCAUCAGACAGACUGUCAGCAGAGGGCAUGGGGCCAUCGGUUACUACGGCCAAGGCAUCGAUCAAACCAUAGUGUUGCCGGCUCAAGGGCUAAUCGAAUUCAGAGAUGCACUGUCGCAGCUGAUUGAAGACUACUGCGAUGAUGAUGCCACGGAUGAGCUUGGAAGAGGCAAUGGGAACCAUGAGGAAUCCACCGAGUUUCCCGAUGCAGCAUCAUUCCGAGUGGACAAUAAGAGGUUUUAUUUCGACGUUGGUUCCAAUCAGUAUGGUGUCUUUUUAAAGAUUAGCGAGGUAAAACAGCCAUACAGGAACACCAUAACGGUCCCCAUGAAAGCCUGGGCCAGAUUUGGAGAUAAUUUCAUUAGGUAUGAGGAGGAAAUGCAGCGAAUUUUCACCUGUCACAAGGAGAAGAGGACAGAGACUCGCGAGGACAUUGAAGAACAAGAGGAUUGACAAUGGCAUUAUAUGGCUGUAAGAGGUUUCUAGUGAUGGUGGGUUAAAACAGGGAUGGAAAAAGCUAAACAUGACAAUAUCCUAGAACAUAUGAAAAAGUAUUCUUAAUGUACCUCUAUUAGGCCUAUGUCUCUUGUCAACUAGCACUUUUGCUUUGUUCAUGGUCAUUCCUGUUUCAAUCAUACCAUAUAUUUCGAUUAUGGCAUCCGUUUUGAAAUUGGUGCAGCAGGACGUGUUGCCAAUUGAAAAAUGAUAUUCAAAAGUCUAAAUGAUGAUAUAGGUAAUUUAUGUGAAUCAAAUCUCUCUUUUUUCAUUGUGGUUGACUGAGUGUGUGAAUGAAAUUUACGUGUGCGCAUGUGAUUGUCUGAUUGAGGAAAAAAAGGUGAGACAUUAAAGUGUACACGUCCUGUCCCCCACAAACAUUGGUAGGGGGUUAAUGUAAGAUAUACUGCUGAAUGCUAGACAUGAUAUUGUUGUUUAAACAGCAACAAUAAUUUGUGUAGGUAGCGCUUCAUGAUUUCAUUUUAUAGAAUAAGGGACAGUUUGGUUGAGGGUUCGCCGACCAUCACGGACGAGCUCCCUGCCUAUGUCAUUACACUAUAAUCAGAGCCGGCUGCAGACAAUUAUCAACUAGGAAAUCAGAUUUUCAACAUGUUGAUGCUGUAUUUAUAAUUAUAUAAAAUAUAUGCAACGAUUUUCCACCAACAGGUUUAUGUGCCAAAGCACUACACACAACCAAUAAGCAAUUCAUAACUGCAUACAGAAUACCGACUUCGAGCACAUCAUCAUGGUUUGCGUUUUCAACAUCCCAUUUAAAUAGAGUAUGUCAAUCCGGACAAACAGGGAAUACAUCUUUCCCUACUCAGUAUCGAUGGCUUGGCUUGACAAUCUCUGAAUGUCAUUUAACUUUUUGCUAUUUUGUAACUGAUGUUUCUUUCCAUUCAUGGAAUGGCAAAUGCGCAGUUUGGAUGCUGGAAUUGUAUUCGUUAGUGGAGUGGAUGAACGUGCGCAGGUAGCCUACAGGAGACUUUUGAAGUAGCCUAAUCGGAUUUAAACAUUGUGACUGGUUGUGUUUAUUGCACACAUAAAAGGUAAUACAUUUAAAAAGUAAAAGUACAAAUAUUUUGGCUAUAUUGAAGCGUUAGGUUCUAGGUCGAGGAAUAGCCACUCGGAUCAGAAAGGAGGCAGAACGCACAGUAAGCUUUCCUGAAUAACUGGGCCUGCUAGAAGCAUAGGCCUAUGUGGCUACACUAUUUUAAAAAAGUCAGGAGAAUGAUGAUCAGCCACAGACAGCGCAUCAGUAUCAGAAAUGUAAAUACAGCCUGACUGUCCUGCACUAUGCCUUUCAAGACAUUAUAAUCUGCUGAGAGUAGACCCACAAUUUAUCCAAAUGGAAUGAAACGUUCAAUUAACUGCUUUUGAGCAUUUAUUCAAAUUACAUUAUUACUUGUACUUACUUGAAAAUAAUAAUGCAAAUAUUAAUUGCAUUGCGGUGUUGUAGGCUAGUCUAGGUAGGAUCAUUUUAUUGUCCCUAUGGCCAUACACAUGUAAUUAACUGUAUAACAGAGCCAGCAAUAAAAAUAAUAACAUAAUUGAAAGAUAAAAUAAAAGUUGUACCCCAUGUAAUAAUACUAAACAACCUUUGUAGGCUACAACACCUAGCGACCUCACCAUGAUAUUUGAGCCUUUUGGGAUUGUAGUGAACAGUGGG